UUACAUGUAGUAGCACGAAGAUAGUGCUGCCAUCGUACACCAUUUUAGAGCAACUAUUAAAAAAAUAACAAUUUUUAUUUAUACCCUGUGGCGGGUACUUCAUAAUCUCAUACACGUUUUGUGUCGCCGCCAUCGUAUACGUUUCUUCCGUGCUAAGUGUUUUAAUUCGAUUAUUUGGCUAUAAUUCGCGUGUGUCAUCAUGGGAAAACGUAGAUUUAGUGGUGAUGAAGAAUAUUAUGCACGGAAAAUAAGAAAGUUGGAGCACAAAAUGGAAAAAAUUCGGCGGGAACGCCGAGAGGAGUCGUCGGAUUCGGAGUGGAGUUCGGAGUCAUCGGAUGCUAUCCAGUACGACGAGGAAUUGGUAAACGAGCUGGCGGACCAUCAUGUUUCCGAGCAGGAGGUUCCGCGAACCGAAGGACCCCAAGAGGAAAACCAACCAUCUCCAGUCAUUGACCCUCAGCUGGAAAUUACGCCAGAAUUAGAUCCCAGUAUUUUGAAUAUUCUAGGGGACGAACCUGCUAAGGAAGAGGUGUUUAGCAAGGCUGUUCACAAGGAUAUUGCCAGCCGAUGGUCCGAUAUACUGAUAAAUGGUUUAAAGGACGAUGUCAAAAAGGAAAUUAUUUCAUGUCACGAUAUCCCUGAGAAUCUGACAUUGCUGCAGAGUCCUAUAUUGAACCCUGAAAUUAAAGCAGCGGUCAACGAAAAUGCGCUGAAGAGAGAUGUUAUCUUAUCAGAAAAACAGAGAAGUAUGGCUUGCGUCUUGACAUGUAUAGCCGACUUAAUGUCAUCGAAUUUAGAAAAUUCUUCUGACACCGCAGAAAACAAAGGAAGUUUAAAGUUACUCAGCGACACGGGCCGCUUGUUAUGCCAUGUACAUUAUGAAGAGAGUUUAGCUAGAAGGAACUUUUUACAAGCUUGUCUUAGCAAAGACGUCAAAGAAAAUAUAAAGGACCUGAAACGAGACAAAUUCCUCUUUGGUACGGAUCUUUCAGAGAAACUGAAAUCUAUGAAGGCGAUAACGAAGACGGGCGCGGAGAUGAGACCUGCCUCAACGAAACCGAAGCCUCAACCUAGAAGCAGACCGGCUGAGGCUGGACCUUCGAGGGCUUUAAACUGGCGGGGCCCGCCACCGCCGGCGCCUCGGCGCGCGUACGCGCGGACGAGCUCGACGGCUGGUGGGCGCAGGCAGCCGGCAGCGACGGCGACGCCGCGCAGCGCGCGCCGCGAGCCGCGGCCGCGCAGCAGCAGGCCGGCCACCAGUCGCCGCUAAGCAGCGAGUCACAGGGCCGAACACAAGCUUCAGCGGAACCUUACCCUGGUGGCCGCUGUCUUAUCCGGACGGCGUUCCUGAAGCAGGGCGCUCCGCUGGAAGCCGUGGACGUGAUGCUGGCCUCGCUUACGGACAAUACUAUUAGUCAGUAUGAACCAUGUAUUAAAAAAUGGUUUUAUUAUUGCCAAGAAAUUAACAUCAAUAUUUAUGAUGCAUCAGUUAGGGAUGUAAUGGGGUUUUUAGUGAACCUUUAUAAUCAAGAUAAUAAAUACGGUUCCAUUAAUUCAGCAAAAUCAGCAAUAAGUCUUAUAGUAGGUUCUGAAAUUAUGAACGAUUUAAAGAUAAAACGAUUCAUGAAGGGGGUGUAUAAAUUGAGAACUCCCCUUCCGAGGUACAA